AUGAGUGCGAUUCUGUCGGCAGACGAUCUGAAUGAUUUCAUUUCUCCAGGCGUCGCGUGCAUCAAGCCUGUAGAGAACCUUCCGCAAAAGAGCUCAAAAGAUCAGGAGAACUCAUACGAAGUAACAACAGAAGAUAAAGUUCAGCCAGAGACUCUCCCUCCGGCGCAAAUUUCUUUGACAGAUUGCCUUGCCUGUUCCGGCUGUGUCACCUCGGCUGAAGCGGUGCUGAUAUCCUUGCAAUCUCACGCAGAGGUCCUGAACACCCUCGACGCCCAUCCGGGAAUUCCUUUUGUACAAGGACAGCAUGGAACAGCACUCGGAAACAUAGCCACCGAUGGAGAGGGAAAGAUUUUUGUCGCCAGCGUAAGCCCGCAAGUCAGAGCUGGCCUGGCUGCCACCUAUGGGAUCUCGGAAAAAGAGGCGGGAUACAUGAUCGAUCAUUUCCUACGUGGGCCCCAAGGAUUACGAGCAGGUGGAAAACAUGGCAAUGGCUUUACAUGGGUUGUGGAUACGAAUGCCGCACGAGAUGCCGUUUUGGUCCUCACUGCAGAUGAGGUUUCCGAAUCUAUCACUGACCCGGGCUCGGUUGCCAGUGAUUCGGAAUUCGCUCUUCCCAAACGGCCGAUUCUGUCAUCUGCUUGUCCCGGGUGGAUCUGCUAUGCUGAAAAGACCCAUCCAUUUGUUCUCCCGCACUUGUCACGCUUGAAGUCUCCACAGGCGUUGUCUGGGACCUUCCUGAAAACAGUUUUGAGCAAGUCUCUCGGUGUUCCACCAUCUAGCAUCUGGCAUCUGGCAAUCAUGCCAUGUUUCGAUAAGAAGCUGGAAGCCAGUCGUGAAGAGCUGACAGAUGUGUCCUGGCAACUUCCUGGUAACCAAAGUAGCUUGGAACCGCAUCAGCCAGUGCGGGAUGUGGAUUGUGUGAUAACCACCCGCGAGCUACUCUCCCUGGCAUCAUCCCGAGGGAUUUCAUUGCCCAGUCUGCCACUGCAACCGCUUCCUUCCGAUUCCACACUGCCAUUCCCUGAAAAAGUACUUGACUUUUUCACAUCCUCUCGGCAUCCCUUCGCCGAUCAAUCCAUUGAAACAGGUACAUCUGGCGGGUAUUUAAACCAUGUUCUCAAGACCUUCGAAGCCCGGAACCCCGGAAGCAAGCUUGUGACAAACCGCGGGCGCAAUGCGGAUGUGGUCGAGUAUAUACUGAUGUCUUCCGAUAACCAGACCAUAUUGAAAGCGGCUAGGUACUAUGGUUUUCGGAACAUUCAGAAUCUCGUCCGUAAAUUAAAGCCCGCUCGAGCAUCCAAGAUGCCGGGAGCAAAGCCCAUUGCUGCAGGGAGACGCCAGCCAAUGUCCCGCAAUACUGCCUCUAGCGGCUCAUCGGGUUCUGACUAUGCCUAUGUGGAGGUCAUGGCUUGUCCCGGUGGUUGCACCAACGGUGGCGGGCAAAUUCGUGUCGAGGACGCCAGAGAGGCUACUGGAUCUAUGCUUGCAGCAGAGACUCCAAAUGCUGAUGCUGCGUCUAAGCCAUCCCCUCACGAGCAGCGUGCUUGGCUUGCCCGUGUAGACGAGGCUUACUAUUCGAUGGACUCAGAUACAGAGCUUGAAUCGAAUCAGCUUCAGACCGUCUCGCCCAUAGAUAAGGAAGCGCACAUUCAUGAGAAACUGCUUCACUGGUCGCAAUUUAUGGGUAUUCCACUCUCCAAGUUGGUAUAUACAACCUAUCGCAAAGUGGAAAGCGACGUGGGUAAAGAACAGCCCCAGAAUAAUGACACUCAACGAGUGGCUGAGCUUGCUGGGAAAAUUGGUGGGGGGUGGUGA